GGAUGAUAUGACGCAACGUCUCAUUUACUUUGUGAAUGACCUCGACCCGAAUGGUCCAUUUGACCCAAUCAAUUGGCCAAAAUGGACCUCAAGCUCGCGGGAGCUCAUUACUUUCAUUGACCCGUUUUUUCAGGAGAUCACACAGGAUACAUUCCUUGCUGAGGCAAUUUCCUACCUGAAGUGAACGGCAAAUAUCCAAUUUGAGUGGACUCUUUUUCUCCCUCGUCAGUUUUUGUACCAGUUAUGUAUACUAGCUCUAGAUCUUGGUCCCAUGAGUUCGUGUGAUCGUGUUUUCACUCUAGCUCACACUAUUAUAUGCAG